GGUUCGUGUGUAGCAGUGUCUCAUUUGUCCCUCGUCAGGUGACUGAGAGGCGGUGGACCGGAAUCCUGAUUUAGAACAAUGGCAAGGAGCUGAGCUCGAGGUGUGGAAAACUGCUUUGUUCGGAGGGAAAAUGAUAUCAUGAGGAACUAACAUGCUGCAGUCUGCUCUGCUAGCUUCAUGGGAGAAGGGAUUAGCAAGAAACUUUUAAAAGAAAAUCAAGUGAAGGAAUAAAAAGUGAAGGAAGCAAACCACACACACACAAAAAAUGUCUCCUGAAGCAAAAAAACUUUUCAACAUCAUUAUUUUGGGACUCUCAUUUAUGUUUAUGUUCACUGCUUUCCAGACAUGUGGAAAUAUUGCGCAAACUGUUAUCACCAAUCUAAACAACACAGAGUUUCACGGCAGUGGCUACACGAGCAUGUCCAUUAUUUAUGGAGUAUUCUCUGCAUCAAAUCUUAUCUCACCUUCAGUGGUAGCAAUAGUGGGACCUCAGCUCUCCAUGGUUGUUAGUGGUCUAUUUUAUAGCCUAUACAUUGCAGUUUUUAUCCAACCUACAACAUGGGCUUUCUACACUGCUUCUGUUUUUAUUGGCAUUGCAGCUGCUGUGCUCUGGACAGCCCAGGGAAAUUGCUUGACUGUAAAUUCUGAUGAAAACACCAUUGGAAGGAACAGUGGAGUAUUUUGGGCACUUCUACAGUCUAGCUUGUUUUUUGGAAACCUAUACAUAUAUUUUGCUUGGAGAGGAAAAACUCACAUAUCAGAGAGUGAUCGCAGAACUGUCUUCAUUGCUCUGACUGUUAUCAGUCUUGUGGGCACAGUUCUGUUCUUUCUGAUUAGGAAACAAGAGGACACAAAAACUCCAGGAGAGGAAGAUUCUGCUAAUGAACAAGUCAUUUACUUACCCAGGUCUGCACAAAACAAAUUGACGAGAGCAGUGGCUGCCUUCAAGAAAUCCAUAAAGCUGAGCUUCACCAAAGAGAUUCUGCUUCUCAGUGUUACAACAGCCUACACAGGUUUGGAGUUAACCUUCUUUUCUGGAGUAUAUGGAACAUGCAUUGGUGCUGUGAAUAGGUUUGGUAGCGAGGAGAAAAGCCUCAUUGGGCUCUCUGGCAUUUUUAUUGGUGUUGGAGAAAUUCUAGGUGGAGGCAUCUUUGGUUUGCUGAGCAAGAACACUCGUUUUGGCAGGAACCCCAUUGUGAUGCUGGGCAUCGUUGUCCAUUUCAUAGCCUUUUAUUUGAUUUUUUUCAACAUGCCAAAUGAUGCCCCCAUUGCCCCUAUGGAAGGAACAGAUGAUGUUGCUUACAUGAUUCCAAGCAAAGAGGUGGCCAUAUUCUGCAGUUUCCUGCUGGGCCUGGGGGACAGCUGCUUCAACACCCAGCUCCUCAGUAUUUUAGGAUUCCUCUAUUCAGAAGACAGUGCUCCUGCCUUUGCCAUCUUCAAGUUUGUGCAGUCCAUCUGUGCUGCAGUUGCAUAUUUCUACAGCAACUACUUCCUUCUGCAGUGGCAACUCCUGAUCAUGGUGGUUGUGGGCUUCUUUGGAACAAUUACCUUCUUCAUAGUGGAGUGGGAAGCAGCAGCAGCUCUCGCUGCCCGUGGCUCAGACUACAGCAGCAUCUGAUCUAGACACCAUGCCUGGUCCUGUGUAAGGAAAAACACUGUCAAAUGAUGAGAGAUGAAAAGACCAAGUUGCAGCAGAGCUUAAGCUGGAGGGAGCUACUACUAAAUCACCAUCAAUCUAACAAUGUGAAGCAUGGGAAGAGGAAAAAAAAGAGCCAAAUUGGAAAGGCUUUUUUCCCCCUCCUUGCUUUAAUCAACUGAACGUGGUGUGCAUGUUCUUAAAGCUGUGCUGUGAGAAGUGGAAGGAAACGUAGACAUCUGAGUAUUGAACAGUUCUCUUCUGAGAUGUACCUUUCAGAAUGUAAUUGCCUAAUUUCACUCCACCAGGCACUACAGAAUUAGUUUCUUUCUUUCUUUUUUUUUUCCCUCCCUCUUAAAUUAUUUUUCCUAUAUUCUCAUUCUGCAAGCACUUCAGUUGUGGUAUGGAAUGAGUGAUAUUUUUAUGAGGCACAUGAUAUCCCAGAGUGUGUCUGCACAACAGAAAUCAAUUUAGGACAUUGGCUUUUUUCAACAAUUAGAUAUGUAGAAGUAUUUCUGUGAGGAGUUUUGCUGCCUUAUUCUGUACCACCCAGCUCCUGCUUCGUGUGCUUGCAUUUUACCAGGUGCAAGGGGGUGGGUUGGUUGGUUGUUGGAUUUUUUUUUGGGGGGGUGGGUUUUUUUGCUUGUUUCUUGUUUGUCUUGCUUUGUUUCUGCUUGUUUACAGAAAGGGAAUGAGGCUGUAUUGUGACAGGAAAGGUUUUGGAGGAAUUUAAGGAAUUAAGGUGUCUGUGAAGUAUUGGUCGUUGAAAACAGCUUCUUGGUUCAGCAUCUCAGGAUGGAACUGUUGGGAUGGCUGCUGAAACUCUCUCAGGGCAGUGCUAUAUGAAGGAUCACAAGUCAUGGCUUCCCUCCCAGAUUUCAAGGAACUUUUCCUCAUAAUCUCUGAUGAGAGCACUGUCUAAGUACAAGCCAAGUGCAAACCAGAUUCAGAAUGUGAACUGCAAGGAAAUAAUCUGAAUAAUCUUGCAGUGUUUGUUUAACUGCAUAGUCUAAAAAUACCUGACAGGCUUGAUGCAAAUGGUUUCAUUCAGUGUAUUUUGGGAAGCCUGUGCUGUAAUCUUAUGCUGCCAAAUGGCACAGUAAUCAGACUUUAAUCCAAAUAUGUUAGAGAUGAUGUCAUUCAGGCAGCAAGUGCAACUCACCUUCAUUUUUAUGUCUACAUGACUCUCUAGGACUUGCAGUUUUGUUUCUGUCUAGUGGGCAAACAAGAUGUGACUGGGAGCCGUGGGGACCAGGAGAAGAUGGUUGUAGAGACUCCAUGUAGCUAUUUUCAGAGAAGUUACCACUUGCCAACCUUUUUUUGUGCCCCAGUCAGGGUGUUGAUGUCUUAUCUUUAAAGACAAGCUAAUAAAAGUGGACUCAGUAUGCAUCAGUAUCUCCUGCAUGUCAGAGCUACAUAGGUGUACUCAAGGUUAAACUUGAUGAGGGACCACAGUAUCUCCUGUGACAUUUGCUGUCACUUCUGCUCUUGCAGGACAUGUAACACAGCUCCCAGGAAGCACCACAGCAAAACAGCAGAAAGGGAUUAUCUUAUAGACGUAUGGAAAGGGAUCUUCACAUUCAUGGCAGGUUUUUGCUGUGAGGUGUUAAUGGGAGGAUGAGAGCACACCUGAGCACUUGGCAAGCAAAGAAAUCUGUGAGACCAGCCAGGAGGAGAGAGCCUUUGUGUAUUCCCAGGAGGUGAAAUGAAUGAUGUAAAAGAGAAUGAGACAGAGCACACAUUUAUCCAGGGGUUACCUGAGCCAUUCCAAUUUGUCAGGCAAACUGAAAAGGCAUUUGGUAUUCCAUCAAUAUAUAUUCAAUUAAUGUGACUAGCAGCACUCUAAUGCAUCUCAGCCUCUCCUGUCAUCCUCUGACUUGAAGUGUACUGUAAAAAGUGUAGCUGAUGGGAUGCUGCUAGUGGUUAGCAUUCUCUUGUUGCUACACAGGAUGUUAGGGGUUGGAAGGGAUCUCCAGAGAUUGAGUCCAACAUUUGUAUUUUCACUCCAGUACCCAAAGGGAUAAAGAGAAUUUAAAAAAUAUCUGUAUUUUUUAAGAUAAGGAAUUACUGAGUCUUGUCUGCAAAGUCUCUUCCUAGGCCUCAUUUUCCCUUAGGUAUUCAGUGAGAGAAAGAAGACAGUCAGGAACCUAGAAAUGCUUUGAAAACAAAGCCAUUUAUUUUAGCUAGGUUACAGCUCUUGGGAAGCUGCUUUUUAAAAUGGUCAUCCUUCCUGCUGAAGCUUUGUGGUGUGGCUUUGUGGUGUGCACAAGCCAUGAUAUCCACUGUUGUGUUAAAAAUGAAGUGGCUAAGUUUAUGUGGUUUCAUCAAGCCUUUUGAGACUGACUUUCAGGGAUCCUAAUGAACUAGGACUUGUGGAUUUUUAGUACCUCUCUGAAUCUGGUGCUUUGCAGUUUAGAAGUGUCAGGGCUGGAAAGAACUCUGAGGGUCAUCUAGCACCAAUCCCCCUGCCAUGUGUAGGGACCACCUCACACUAAAUCAAGUUGCUCAGAGUCCCAUCUCGCCUGGCCUUAAAUGCUUCCAAGGAUGAGGCUUCUACUUGGUCUGAUGAUCAUCUAAUGUUAGAAGGCUGUUUAGAGCUGUUUCUUGAAUUGUUAAAGUGAGUUGUUAACUUCUGUGGCAAAUUUGGCAGGGAAUCAUGAAAUUCUUCAAAUUGCAUCAUGGAUAAUCUUUUUUUUACUAUUAACUAUGUAAGUAUUGCUUUGACAUCUGCUCUUGAGAGACUGUUCUCAGUUAAUCAAGCUGACAAUUGCUCAUGAUUGUUUUUCACUUCCAUUUCUUUGAUUUGACAGAAGGUGAAGAAUCCACCCAGCUGUCCACAACUGUUUGGUCAUAGCCAAUGCUGACAUCCAUUUAGGAGUACAUCUCUUAAUCUUUUUAUCAGCAUUUACCAGCCCUGAGCCUGCAUCCUGUUCAUUUCACCUCCCUGGCCUUUGAGCAAUCCCAUGUUAAUCUGAACUGGGAGCUUACUGUUAAAUUAAGUGGGAUUUGAGAAGUGGCUUUGGCAAUAUUUGUGAUAUUGUGGGUUUGGUUUAUAUUGAGGAUUUUUAUCUUCAUAAGCAAAAAAGACACAGGAAGUUGCUUGGAUUUCUUCAAAAGAAGUCUUCAUUUUGUUCUGGUUCUUCCUUAAUCCUUUCAGGUUAUUAAGGUUUAAAUCUAUCACAUCCCAAGAUUUUUUUUUCAUACAAAUGCUAAAGAGGAAAUGAAAACUGAGUGCUUCCAGCACUUGAGUGCCAAAAGGAUGAUGCUCUAAAUUAACCUUUAAAUGCCUGUCAUACUUUAGUCUUGUCAGUUGGCGUUCAUUUUGGUAUGAAUGUACAGAAAGAGGAAACUUCUACAGCUGUGGAUCUGGUUCAUAAUUAAGGGAUAGGCUUUUAUCUUGUGUUAAUUUAAUAGAUUCAUGAAAUGGUUUGAGUUGGAAGUGGCCUUGAAGAUCAUCUAGUUCCAACCCCCUUAUACCAAAUUGCUUGAGGCCUCAUCCAGCCUGGCCUUGGCCACCUCCAGGGUACAAUUUCUGUUAGCAAGUUGAGGUGAGGAAGGACCUCCACUUGGAGCAUGUCCUUUGUAAAUCAGUCUAAUCUCUGCAUUUCUCCAGAAACAGCUAAAGUCAAACAAGAAGGCUUCUGCUGGUGUAGUUCUUUCAGUUAUGACUAUUUUAAACUCUACAGGAACACCCCAAAAACUUCCCAGUGAAGUUUGCUGGUGUGAUCUAAGUGUAGAAACCCAGAACUCCAGCACUGUGACAGUUAACCAGCCACAGAGAGCUCUGCUUGACUUCAAACUCCACAAGUUUACUGAAGCUGGGGAAUGUGGCUCCCUGGACACCAACCAAAGUGCCAGUAAUUAAUUGCUGCAGAGGUUGCCUAGCAGCUUGCUUCUGCUGGAAGAGUAGGUGGGUAUGAAGAGAAACCUCCUUGUUUUCUGGGGCAAUGAUUAAUUGUUUGCUGUCAGUACAAGUAGGAAACAGUGUCGUGAACAUCAUGCCGGUAGACACAACACUCAACUUUGACUCCAAUUGUACAAGUAUGUUAAUUAAAACAGGACCUCACCAUCAGGGUUGUUUGUUUUCUCCUAGGAAAAUGUGUUUCCAAAGGCUUCCUACACAUCACUGCUUUCCUUGGAAGUCUUGGAGCUCCACUCGUGCUAAUUGAAUGGCAGCAGUGGUUAAUGCCACGUUUUUCCUUGCUCCUUGGUAGGUCUUCUACUGUGCUGGCAGAAAUAGGAAAUGGGAGUGUUUAAAGCUGGGGAUGAAGUUUGAGAUUUAGCUGCUUAACAAGGUGCUUGCUGCUCUGAUACCACCACUCUGGUUCAGAGGCAGGGUUGAAACUGUUUCUAGCACUUGUCAUGGAUAAACUCAGAAUGAUGCUUUAAUAAGUUUAACUUCAGGGGUUGUUGGUACCACAGAGAAGCACUAAGGAUGUUUGUUCCACUCAUUUGAAAGUGCAAUAGAGAGCAAAUCUGGGACUGAGAAAUUUCUCCAUGGGGAUGUGAGGAGCUGCUGCUGUUGACUCAAUUUCUUUCUCUGCUCUCUUGGUUAUUUCCGACGUCUCCUCUGCCAAGCUGUCCUUUCUCUUGUUUACAUUUUGGCACUGCAGAAGUCCAAUUUAAGUGAUGAACAUUUUCUAACCUUCAUGAAAGAUGUCUUGGGGUUAGAAUUGGUGAUAAUUGUGAACAGGCUCACGGUGAUGAUCCUAAUGAAAAUGCUGAUUUCCAGUGAGUGCACCAACUCUCUGCUGCAUUUCUUUGCACGGGCACAGCCACGCAAAUAAAACUGAAUCACAAACAAACAA